AUGAUAACACCAUUGACCAAGUUGAAACCAAAUGCCAAAGUCGCCGUAGUUGGAGGAGGUGUUUCUGGACUAUGUUUUACAUACUUCUUAAGUAAAUUAAGACCGGAUGUUCAAGUUACAUUAUUCGAAUCACAGAAAAGAACAGGGGGUUGGAUAUACUCAUGUGCUACAAAGGAUGAGAGCGGGAAACCGAUUAUGGUAGAGAAGGGACCCAGGACGUUGAGGGGUGUAUCUGACGGGACUGUUGUAAUUAUGGAUACCCUUAGAGAUCUAGGUAAAGAAGCAAUGGUGCAGAGUAUUGAAAAGGGCUGCACUGCGGACAAGAAGUUCCUACUAGACCCCAGUGAUAAACUGGUGCAAGUUCCUGACUCAAUAUCGACAACUUUAAAAUUCCUUUUCAAUCCAUUGGGGAAAGGACUUAUUCCAGGCAUGUUGGGAGAAUGGUUCAGGAAAAAAUCACCACAUCCCGGACAAGACGAAAGCGUUGAAUCAGUACUAAACAGAAGGUUUGGUAAUGACUACAUAUCGAAAAACAUGAUUAGCGCUUUAUUAAGGGGCAUUUAUGGGGAUGAUGUUGCUUUGUUAAGUGCUAAGAGGACAUUCAAGAAAAUUUACUACAACGAACUUAAGCACGGAUCUAACACGCAAGCAAUGUUUGAUAAUAUGCGAGAGAAGUCUAAAAAUAAAAAAAAAGACGGUCAUAGUCAGGCCUUAACUGGAUGUCUUAAUGAUUAUGUAAUGGCAUUUGGAAAAGAUAAAUCGAACUUAUUGGAUCUAGCAAACACUUUGAAGAAAUAUCCCAUGCUAGGUUUAGUCGGUGGGUUAGAAACUUUUCCCAAAAUAGUCAGAAAUGCCUUAAAUGAGUUCAGUAAUGUCGAAAUAGUUACCAACGAGCCAGUGACGCAAGUCAUCAAAUCCAGCUCUAAUGCAAAAACCAUUGGGUUGAAAGUGCAGUCAGGUGACAAAUACGAAGGAUUCGACCAUUUAAGGCUUACUAUAACACCAUCCAAAAUCGCCGAGUUACUACCGAAGGAUGAAGAUUCUCUGUCCAAGCUGUUAAAUGAGAUCCAAUCAAAUACAAUUCUUUUGGUUAAUUAUUAUUUACCAAACAAGGAUGUGUUGAAUGCCGAUCAACAUGGGUUUGGUUACUUGGUACCUAAAUCUAAUAAGAAUCCAGGGAAAUUGCUUGGUGUGAUUUUUGAUUCUGUCAUUGAAAGGAAUUUCAAACCACUUUUCAAUAAGAACUUUCAAAACUCUAAAGCUCUCAAGGAAUACACAAAACUGACUGCCAUGAUAGGAGGUGAUAUGCUGAAUGAACACGGUGUGCCUGUUAUUCCAUCCAAGGAAGUGACUAUUAGUGCCGUAAAAGAUGCACUAAACCGUCACCUAGGCAUCAACAACGACGACCUAGAAGCCGGCCACUGGGAAUUCACUAUUGCAGAUAAAUGUCUCCCAAGAUUCCAUGUGGGCUACGACGCAUGGCAAGACAAGGCCGAAAAGAGGUUUCAAGAUGCUUACGGCCAGACUGUUUCACUGGGCGGAAUGGGGUUCUCCAGAAGUCCAGGUGUCCCCGAUGUUAUUGUAGAUGGCUUCAACGAUGCCCUCCAACUCGGCCAAUAA